UUAGGGCUUUGUUUAGAGCUUUCUUAAGCUAAAAUGCUUCUUUUAUUUUUUUUAAACCUUUUUUUAUAUAAAAAUUUUAAAAACAAUGUUCACAAUUUUUUAAUUGUGAACAUUGUUUUAUUAUCGUCUAUGCCAUCAGCGCAUAGUGACCCUUGCGUUGAUGGCAUCUACGAUUCCAUCUCGUGUGACCAUGAAAAUAAACUCAUGGUCACAUACAACAAUCUUAUUUUUUAUGGUGACUGUUCUUCUUACCCUUUUCAUGUUAAUCAAAAUUAUCAGGUUUUAAUUGAUAAAUAUGUUAAAAUAAUUGCAUCAGUUACUGAUGGCCAUGGAUUCCAAUAUUUUUUUCAGGAACAAAGUGUUAUCCUUGUGUCCAAAAAUAAGAGAUUUGAAAAGCCCAUCAGUGAAAUUUUCUCUCCAUUCAGUGGAAUUAUUGAACAUGCUAUUGGUUUGAAAGAUAGAGAAUCUAAAUUGUUUUUCGGGUCUGAUUUUACCAUUCAACUUUACACUAAAGACCACCUUGCCAAUGAACGCCGUGUCUAUAGUUAUGAUGUGGUAAAAAUAUCCAAUGGUUUGCCUUUUUGGAGUGAAACUCGAGUUCUGAAGCCACUAAAUCAUUCGAUUGGAAAAACCUCGACGCUUGUUCAUUUGCUAUCCGUCCAAAAGGAGUAUAUAACUGCUAUUCUUGGUUCAUCUUCGGGUCCGAUUUACUCCAAAGCUGGACUUUAUACUUGCAUUGAUCUAGUUUAUCAAUAUAACCUAGUGGACUGCCUAGAAGAAAAUGAGCAAAUUUAUGAGAAAAUGCAACUUGGUUAUCUUUUUAAAUGUCAAUCCAAGCAUAAAUAUCCAUUUGAUCUAUUGACUGUGAUGCUUUGGUUUUCGCUUGGCUUAACAAUCCUUUCCUUAUUAGGACUUAUGAAAUGUUUGAUAUUUAAACUGUUCAAAAGGUACCGCAUAACCAAUCGGAGGGUAAGGUUUAGCGAUGAAGUAAGAGGUGACCCCAAAGAGAUUGGUUUCAAAUAUAAUGUUUCCUAUGGACCCGAGCAAAUACAUAUCGAAAAACCUGAACCUACUUCAAUGGGCCAAUACGCAGCUGAAGAUGUCAACGACGAUUACAAGGAUGUGAACCUUUCAAUAGAUUUGAAAGAGGAAAAUUUUGCGAGUAAAAAUUUCACCGAAAACUGAAAAUUUUAAGUUUGAUAAUUUCAGUUGUAAAAUUGAUGAUAACUCUAACUCUAACUGUGAGAAAUACUCUUCUUCUUGAUACUGGAUCAUCCUUUUCUCGAUUGUUACCUGCUAAUGUUUUCAAGCAUGGCCUUGUAUUGGGACAAAAAUUUUUAUAAACAAAUUGUAAUAGCAAUGGUUUACAAAAUAUCUGAAAAUUAAGAAAUAAGCAAUGUAAAUAG